UGUGAGCAUGGUAAGUUCGCGAGUUGUACCGGCUAAACAAUGUUACGCUAUAAACUUUUUAUAUUUUUGUUGUUGUUUGUGUGUGUGGUAUUUGUUGAGUGUAAAACCUGCCAAUCAAUGGAUAUUAGGAAUACCGUAACCGAAUUGAAUAAAUUGAGGAAUUGCACCGAAAUUGUGGGAUAUGUGAGAAUUUUGUUAAUAGAAAGAGUAAAGGGUGAACAUGAAUUUGACAACUAUGUGUUUCCGGAUCUUACGGAGAUCACUGGCUACCUGUUCUUCUACAAUGUCCUCUACUUGACGUCAGUGGGGAAGUUGUUCCCAAAUUUGAUGGUCAUCAGAGGGUACGAGCUGUUUACGGAUUACUCGUUGGUCAUUUACAACAUGCCACAUUUGAGAGAGAUCGGUACCAACAAGUUGAUGUACAUUGCAAGAGGGUUUGUCAAGGUGGAGAAGUGCCCGAAUCUGUGCUACGCUAAUACGGUGAACUGGACCAAGAUUUCCACAAGAUUAGAUUUCACCAACAUAAAUAAUGGUACAUGCGAUGCAUGUUCCAGGGCAUGUGACGGACAGUGUUGGAAUUCAGAUCAAUGCCAAAUGAAGGUAGACGACAAAUGCCAUCGAGAGUGCUUGGGAUGUUCUGAGAUCAAUUCUGACAAACAUUGUUGGGUUUGCAAGAAUUACAACGACCAUGGGACUUGUGUUGCUGCAUGUCCAAGAACUGGUCCUCAGAAAAAGUACAGACAAGUAGCGUCUUUCAAGUGUGUCACUGAAAAUGAGUGCAGAACUAUGUUAAAUGGCACUUGGUGGAUCUAUGAAGACCAAUGUGUCAAUGAGUGUCCAUUAAAUUACGAACAAACUGUCAGAGAUAACCAUCUUACAUGCAAAUAUUGUGGAAAUAAAUGUACCAAGUGGUGUAAAAUCAAUAAUAACGUAGACAGUCUGGACAAAGUACAAGCGCUCAAAGGAUGCACUCAUAUAAAUGGAUCUCUUAUGAUACGAAUGUCUGGUGUCACUUCCAAAAGUGAAGAGGUGAUCAUCCGAGAAUUAUGGGAAGGGAAUUUACUGUCUGUGAGAUAUAUCAGCGAUUCCUUGGUAGUCGCAUUGACCAAUAGUCUACAUUCAUUAGAUUUUCUAGUAAACCUGAGAGAGAUAGGUGGCAAGAAGUUAGAACGCGGGAGAUUUGCAAUUUUUGUCUAUGAGAAUAAGAAGCUCCAGCGGCUUUGGAAUUUCCAAAAUUCUACCCUAAAGAUAAAAAAUGGUACUUUGGGUUUCUUUAACAACCCUUUAUUGUGUCCAAAUGAAAUAAAAACACUUGCCAAUCUAACGAAUAUUCCAAGUAACUUUUCUCAAUUAGAUGUGUAUGCAAAUGGAGAUCAAUCAGCCUGUGAAUACAUCGACUUGAAGUUUACAGUUUCUGUUAAUGUUGUCAAUGCAACCCUGAAAUGGGAUCUUUUGCAGUUACAAAACAAUGACGUUUAUAUAGGCUUUACUGUAUACUACACCGAAAAUCGAAAAGGGAACAUUUCAACUUUUAAUAGCAAAAUUGCUUGCAGUGAAGGAGGAUGGGAAAGUCACUUCACGUCCAACAAUUCAAUUUUUUUGGUGAAUUUGAAACCAUUCACGAGAUAUGCAUAUUAUAUCAAAACUUAUCAGUCCUCCAUGUUGAGCACACAGACUCCUGUUCAUAACUUUACGACAUUGCCCAGUGAACCAGAAGAACCCGCUAACUUAGAAGUCACUGCCAUAGAUGAUCAAACUUUGAAUUUGACUUGGUCUAAGCCAAACCGUAUCAAUGGAAUUUUGUCACACUAUCAGCUCUAUGUGGUUGAGGAGCCUGAUAUAGACAUACAGCGUGAGAGAGAUUACUGCCUACAUUCGAGAACGGAGGAGGGUGAUAAAAUAGACGAUCGUGAUGAGCAAAUAGAAAAAGAAAAGGCAGAUAGUGCUAAUCGAAAUCGAUUGAUAGAAAAAUGCACAUGCCUUAAUAAAAAUGAACUUGUAACUGAAGAAGAAGUUAGUUUUCUUUCAAUGGACGUCCACUUGCCUAUAUGUGAUCUUCAAUCUCAGUCAAAGUUUGGAUUCGACCACUGUAAGCACUUGCUUUAUGAACCAUUAACUCUAAUUGAAAGUAAGAGUGCAGUAAUAUCUGUGGAAAAACGAUCAAAGCUUACUCAUAACACUGUGAAGAAAGCGAGAAAUUCCUACAAACCCAUACAUAUCGAUGCAAAUUUAACAAAAUAUAAAUUGAAAAAGUUAAAGCAUUUUACAAUGUACGUUUUAUAUUUUUCUGCAUGUAAUGAAGGUAAUAUGUGUGGUCCUGUACGGCAAAGUUUUGCACGUACUAAAAAACAAUUAAAUGCUGAUGAUAUUAGCUCUGUUACUACCAAAGUAGAAAACUCUAAUGCACUUGUUGAAUGGGUGGAACCAAGACGCCCUAAUGGUGUAGUGGUGGCCUAUAAUAUUGAAUAUAAGAAAGUUGAUGUAGAACACUCAAAACCACGAAUAGAAUGUUUGAGUAGAAAUAAACAGUCAACAACUAAGAGAUUAAGUUUAACAAACCUACUGCCAGGAACGUAUGCUGUUCGUGUCCAAGCUAUAUCUCUGGCAGGUGCAGGACAAUUCAGCAAAUCUUACACAUUUGUGAUUGUAGCUCCUGCAAAGAACUCAGGGUGGGUAGUACCACUUAUAAGUAUAUUAUUGAUACUAGCCUUAUUAGCAUUUAUAUUUUACAUGCAGUAUAGACGGAAACAAAAACUAGACAAUAUACAUUUAAUUGCAUCCAUAAAUCCAGAUUAUGAUGGUAUAGUUUAUGUUGAAGAUGAAUGGGAAAUUGAUAGAAAAGAUAUAGAACUUCAAGGAGAACUCGGCCAUGGUACCUUCGGCAUGGUGUAUUGUGGUUUAAUUAAAUCCAAGAAUAUCACUUGUGCAAUAAAAACUGUCAACGAAAAUUUGAGUCUUCAUGAAUGCAUGGAGUUUUUGAAUGAAGCGUCCAUAAUGAAAGCAUUCAGUAAUUCUCAUCACGUGGUGAAGCUUCUAGGUGUUGUCUCUAGAGGCCAGCCUCCCUUAGUAGUAAUGGAACUGAUGGAAAGGGGAGAUCUUAAAAAAUACCUGCGAAAGACUAGAGACUCCUCUCAAAACAUCACGGCUAAUGAAAUUUAUCGAAUGUCCAUCGAAAUUGCAGAUGGAAUGUCCUAUCUUACAGCGAAGAAAUUUGUCCACAGGGACUUAGCCGCCAGGAAUUGCAUGGUGGCCAAUGAUCGCACAGUCAAAAUUGGAGAUUUUGGCAUGGCCCGCGAUAUUUAUGAGACUGAUUAUUAUAGGAAGGAGACUAAAGGACUUCUACCUGUAAGGUGGAUGGCGCCGGAGAGUUUAGCAGAUGGAGUAUUUACUAGUGACUCUGAUGUUUGGAGCUACGGUAUCGUAUUGUGGGAGAUUGCUACACUUGCUGAACAACCAUAUCAAGGUCUAUCCAACGAACAGGUGUUGCAGUUUGUUGUAUCAAAGGGCAAACUAGAGCGACCCUCGGAAUGCCCUGAUCUCUUAUACGAGAUCAUGGAUGCUUGUUGGUGCUGGCGGCCCAAUGAUCGCCCUACCUUCAUCGACAUUGUUGAAAGACUGGAAGACCACGUAGGUCAAGAUUUUAAACUAGUGUCAUUUGUUCACAGCCGUGAAGGACUAGAACAUAAAAUGAAUCAUGGCAGGGAACGUUCGUACAACCCUCCUGCGCUAGGUAUGGGCGCUGAGGAGCACGACCUGUACGGGGGACAUUACAAUGUAUCAGAUGAGGAAGUUAGUUUAUACGUUGGUGAUUCUUCUAACCGUCCAAGAUUUUUGCCAGCAUCGAUUAGCCAAAGACUUAGUAGGUUUUCCCCUAGUGAUAUAUAUUAGGCCAAAGUUAUAUUUUCUGUAUAAAUUAUUGCUAAUAAACUAGUAGUUAAGUAAGUACUGUAAAUGAAUUGAGUUAGGGCAAGGAGUGUGCGUUAUCAAAUCUAGAUGAAAGUAAGGAAGGUUACCUCUCACCACUUAGAAAUUAGAGGUUUUUUUUUCUGAAAUUUCAGUUAAUCUCGCUGGGUACCAUGAAGCUCGAUGAAAAUAAAUAUCGGUACUUAUUUGAAGCAGGGAAAUUCACUUUCGUUCAUUUAUGCAAAAUUACCGAGAACAUAAUUUUUUUUGCUGCUUACUACAUUUGCACCAAUCAGAGUCUAGAAAAAUUGAAAAUAACGUGUUUGGAAAGGGUGUAUGUGGUAAGUUUCAUGAACAAAAUCUAAGAACAUUUUAUAAGCUCAAAAAUGCAGUUCCUUCUUUAAUGAUACUUUUUGGUAAAAAUAUUACAACAAAUUUUUAUACCGCAUUAAUAUAGAAAUAAAAAAUACAAAUUAUAAACUAAUGGAAUUGUUUUCAUCACUUCAUACUGCCGAUUUCAAAGCAAAGAAUUCCAAAAUGUCUAAACAAUGUCAAACAUUGCCAAACUUUUCGAUAAUACUUUUGAUAUAUAUUUUCAUGUGUAAAGUUUAUGAACUUAUACAAAAUAUAACUAAUUUAAUUGUGAAUCCUCCGUUUGCACAAAUAUCUGAGCCCUAUAACAUAAGUAGAAAAUCCUAAGAAAUUUAAACAGUUUGGACUCACAAAAACAUACAUUUUGCAUCAAAAUAAAAGCACUAUUAAAGACGAACCUCAAUUACAAUCUUUGUUUUCUAGUUACUGUUUUAUCAUCCUGUAACAACAUUUAAGAUAGAUAGAAAUAAAUAAAAUACACGUGUAAGAGGAGACAAGUUUUUUCCAUGAAAUUUGAAACAAUAGGUGUGCAAUUUGUUUUGAUUCACAUAAUUUUCUCCGUACUGAUCGAGAUAGGUGUGAUUCACUGUAUUUUGACCUUGACCCCUUCAACUCUUUUGUUUUUAGAGUUAUAAAAACGUGAAAUACAAAAUUUGCUCAAUUUUGUAUGCAUUAUGGAGAAGAAUUCAUAUAAUAUUUCAAUUUUCUUCUUCUGUGUAACGCAUGUUAAUUGAAUAGUAAUACAAACUGUCAAACAAUAAAAAUGUCAUGACAUUACCUGCCACU